UCCUAUUUAAAAAUUCGUGAAUUUUUUUUAACAAAGGGGUUCUCUGAGAAUGCCCCGCUUUUCGUUUGGAGUAAAGCAAAGAAUUUCACUGGAGGUGGGACCGGCAGUGGGAUAGGUAGACGUAAAUUAAGUUGAAACGAAGGUUUUCCGCCGUAUGCUGGAAUAGUACUUGGUACUGCAGAGAUUGAGAGGCGGAAGGGAAUCCGAGGGGGGAAAGAGUUCAGAUUUUUGUAUUGGUUCCAGCUUUCUUUGGAAAUGUUUUGACUUGGAAAUGUGUUGGCUUUCGGUUUCGUGCAGGUCCUGCUGCGAUGGUAGCCAUAUCAUUACAGUAAUACUGUGCUGUAUAUCAGAUUAAUGCAUUAAUAUUCGUCAGCUAUUGAUAACCAAGAGAUUCAAAAUGGCGGAGGGCUGGCCCAUCCCCCCGGCCCUCUUCUUGCUGGUUGUGAGUGUUAUGGGCCUGGAGACUUGUCCUUCUCCUUGCUCCUGUUCUGGAGGACCAGAUGGCGCACAAAUGCUAGACUGCAGUAGGAGAAGGUUGCCUUCAGCACCUCUCAACACCCCUGCCUGGAUCACCCAUGUAAUGCUGAACCAUAAUGAGCUGAUGUCUGUGCCUUCACUUGGGGACGUGUCCUCCAACAUCACCCACCUUUCACUUGUGCACAACCGGAUCUCGGAGGUGUCGGCAGAGCAGCUCCAGCCGUACACUUCUCUGGAGACUCUGGACUUGAGCUCCAACUCCAUCUCUGAGAUCAGAGUGGGCUCAUUCCCCCCUAUGCAACUCAAAUACCUGAACCUGAGCAGUAACAGGAUUAGCAGUCUUGAGCCAGGCUGCUUUGACAACAUCAGCUCCCUGCUAGUGUUGAAGCUGAACAAGAACAGAUUAACUAGUCUUCUCCCAAAAGUCUUCACCCUUCCCAGUCUUCACUUCCUGGAGCUGAAGAGGAAUAAAAUCAGGACAGUGGAAAGUCUGGUGUUUAAAGGGUUGGAGUCUCUGAGGUGUCUGAGGAUGCAGCGGAAUGGUGUCACUAAGCUCAUGGAUGGAGCUUUCUUUGGCCUCAACAGCUUGGAGGAACUGGAGCUAGAACACAAUAACCUGACGGAGCUGAAUAAGGGCUGGCUCUACGGUCUGCACAUGCUCAGAGUGCUACGGCUCAGCCAAAAUGCCGUUGGCAUCAUCCGUCCCGACGCCUGGGAGUUCUGCCAUCGCCUCGAGGACCUGGACCUGUCCCAUAACCAUCUGAGCAGGCUUGAAGGCUCGGCGUUUGCAGGACUGAGCCUGUUACAGAACCUCAACCUGGGAGAGAACGCAAUCAGUCAUCUGGGAGAGGGCAUCUUCAGCAACCUGGCCAAUCUGCUCUCGCUAGACAUUCGCAACAACGAGAUCUCCCUGGCCAUCGAGGAUUCGGUCAGUGUGUUUGUUGGAAUGAAAAAACUCAACACGCUGGUGCUACAGCGGAAUAAGAUCAGAUCCAUCACGAAGAGGGCGUUUGAGGGCCUGGACGAGCUGGAACAGCUAGACCUAAGCAGGAACAACAUCAUGUCUGUUCACCCAGAGGCCCUCUCCCAUCUAAAGCUCAAGGCCCUAGACCUGAAUACCAGCAGCCUGCUGUGUGACUGUCAACUGCAGUGGUUGGCCCAGUGGUUGAUUGACAGCCACUUCCAGCAAUCUUGCACAGCUGUGUGCGCUCACCCCCCCGCCCUGUCUGGUCGCAGCGUCCUGAGCGUCCGCCCAGAGGAGUUUGUGUGCAACGACUUCCCCAAACCUCAGAUCACGACCCAUCCGGAGACAGCCGUGGCUUUGCGCAGCACCAACGUGACUCUGAGCUGUUCUGCAUUCAGCAGCAGUGACUCAGCCAUGAGCACCGCCUGGCGUAAGGAUGGAGAGGUGCUGUACGACGCACAGGUGCACAACUAUGCCCGUUACCAUGAGAACCGCCUGCUGUACAACACCCUGCUCCAUCUUCUCAACGUCAACUUUACCGACGAGGGCCAGUACCAAUGCGUUGUGUCCAAUCACUUUGGCUCCAACUACUCUAGCCUGGCCAAGCUCACUGUGAACGAGCUUCCUUCCUUCUUGAAGACGCCAAUGGACCUGACCAUCCGUACAGGCACGGUUGCCCGGCUGGAAUGUGCUGCGGAGGGCCACCCGUCACCUCAGAUCGCCUGGCAGAAAGAUGGGGGAACAGACUUCCCAGCCGCCCGGGAACGCAGGAUGCACGUCAUGCCCGAUGAUGACACCUUCUUCAUCGCCAAUGUGAAGACGGAGGACAUGGGUGUGUACAGCUGCACCGCCCAGAACACUGCGGGCAGCCUGUCCGCCAACGCCACACUCACCGUACUGGAAACCCCCUCGUUCCAGCGGCCUCUUGAGGACCGUACAGUGGCACGUGGAGAGACGGCUGUGUUGCAGUGCAUUGCCCGUGGUAGCCCCACCCCCCGCCUAAACUGGACCAAAGACGACGGGCCACUGCUGUUGACGGAGCGUCACUUUUUCGCAGCGGCCAAUCAGCUGCUCAUCAUCGUGGACGCGGGGCCAGCUGACGCGGGCAAGUACACAUGCAUCAUGUCCAACACACUGGGCACGGAGCGCGGGCACAUCUACCUCAGCGUGGCACCCUCUGCCAACUGCGAGACGGCGGGCAGCUAUGAGCAGGACGGCUGGACCACCGUUGGCAUUGUGGUGAUGGUGGUGGUGUGUUGUGUGGUGGGCACGUCACUGGUCUGGGUCAUCGUGAUUUAUCACAUGCGGCGCAAGAGUGAGGACUACAGCAUCACCAACACAGAUGAGAUGAACCUACCUGCAGACAUCCCCAGUUACCUGUCGUCUCAGGGCACUCUGUCCGAGCCACCAGAGGGUUACAGUAACUCAGAGGCCGGCAGUCACCAACAGCUGAUGUCCACUCUGGCCAACGGACACGCACACAAAGGCACAGAUGGUGUGUGUUAUGGAGAGAUGAACGGUGAGCUGGAUGCAGAGACCAGUGGGAUGCUUGGUAACCACUUGGGUUCGCUGUUUACUGGGCACAGUAGCUUCCACCCGGGUGAGACCAGAGAGGGACUGGCAUCAGUGCCAGCAGGCACUGGUUCACUGCUUAUCUGUUCUGACUGCUACGACAACGCAAAUAUCUACUCCCGCACGCGGGAGUACUGCCCCUACGCCUACCUGGCUGAAGACGACCCCGUGGAUAAGAACAUGUCAGGGCUGGCAACCCACCUGCACGCCCCGCAUGCCUCGCACGGCUCGCACGAGGACACGACCCUGGAGAGACUCCUCAGUCAACAGGACACUUCUGCUUUCCUCAGCAAGCACGAGAAACACCUGAGUCCUCACACAGGCCCCCAGCACUACGACAGUGAUGUUCCCUGCAGGUCAUUCUGGAGUGUUGACGGGGGGUCUGUGGACCCCCCUGUUGGCCACCUCCUCCAGCAGCACCAUCCACCAGUGACUGUGCACACACCUCCUGCUAAUUCUUCCACGUCCACCUCCACCUCCUCCUCUGCAGAGGCCUGUGAGGAGAGGAGGGGCUAUCAGUGUAGGAGCUCGUACAGGACUAAUGCUCAGGAGCAUGACUCCACCCCCACAUAAAGACGCCUCCUACAGCACCCCACUCCACCCCCCAAACCAGCCUCCACCAUCUGCUGGCUCUCAGUGUCUUUAUGUCCCACUACCUCCUCAGAGCUCCUUCACCGUCUGCCAAAAACACUUUCCCGAUGCUCUGUUUACAGUCCCGCUCCCCACCCCCUCUCCCCUGCCUCCCCAAAAUGUCCCAAACCUCCAUGCUGUGUGCUGGGUGUGUCUGAUCAGAAACUCUGGGACUGGGGAGGUGAUGCAAGAAAAUGAUUCAUCCUUGUUCUCAUACACAAACAAACAAAGAAACAAACAAAGGAAAAAACACACAUACACACAAAAACCAUUAUGGUGUGUCCAGGUUAGAGUCAAGGCUCUGAAUGUAAUGUUCUCAGAGAGAUACGUGGGACUUUGUUAUAAACUACGUCUUAAAAAAAAGAAAAAAGAAAGGAAGAAACCCCACUUGCCUUUUUUCCCUUCUGCAGGAAACAGUUAGACCAUUGUUGUGAACACCAGGGUCACGUUUUGUGUGUCAGCCCCGCUCCGGGAAGGACCCAGACUGUUCCAGCCUGCUUGGUAAACGCCACUGUGAAAACAGGGCAGGGAGAUCCAGACCCGUGAACCAGACUGGUUCCACUGGGUCGUAUGUCCGUCCUGCAGUACUCAGACCUUUCGGCAGGGUCCCCCUCCCUCUGCUGACUGUGCACCCAGGAUAGUGAUAUUUUUGCUGUUCUCCUCAGGCUGCGCUUAUGUUAUCGUUGUAUUGUCCCUCAGUGCAUUUAAUUUGUGCCCUGCCUCUCACAAUUUCAAUGUCAACCAUUCUCCAACUUUGUUUUUGACAUCAAAACGACAGCCUAAAAAAGCAAAACAAAAAGGAAUUACGCUGUCCCUUUGUCAGUCAGUCUGUGUGGGUUUUUCUGUGUUGAAUGGUGUUUGGAAACAGCCGUCUCCUUGUCUGGUUCAAACCACGGCCUGCACUCCACCCAAAGCCAUGAAUGCUGUUACCCUCAGUCUCGUCACAGUCUGGACACAGCAGGAUCCUCAGUCAUGUUAAUCUUAGACACACAACUAUAGACUCUCUGCAGCUUGGAUGGUCCACUGCCUCUGGUUUGCUUUGUUUUCUAAUGCAGUUCACACAGCAGCUCUGAAAAGCAGUGCCCCUGGAGGCCAGAGCCUCCUAUACGUCCAUGCAGAGAAGUAUGCCAAAGUCUCAUCCACCUCAGUCAUACAUGUACACAACACGUAAAGUUACUUAUCCAGAUGUGGCUGAGACAGUGGAACGCCUACGGAAUGCCUUGCAGAACACGCCACUCAAGUCUCUCAGAGUGCAUUAUGUUAAAACAGAUCUGAGCCUCCUUGUUUGUGGUCUUAACUGACAUCAGUGGAAGCCUAGAGGGGAUGAGUCGUGUUGAAGAGCAGAUUUAUCUGAGCAUGUGAAACAGGAUAAAAGAGAGCCCAGACAUAUUACAGACAGAUAGACAAACUCACUCACCAUGUCUUUAUGAUACUGCUGUAAUGACUUAUCUCUGCCUUUGAUAAGUAACCGUUGAAACUCAAGCAGCAGAGAAUCGUUGCCCUGUCUCUGGGAUUCUUGUAGUACUGUGGUUUAUCAUGCAUGUUGUUUAGGCAUCAAAGAGAAAGUCUGAAAAAGGAAUUGGUUCUCUUUUCUUUGCACUUUUGUUCGUGUGUAGACGUGGAAGAGAGUCUUGAUAUGGUGUGUGUUCUCUCUUUAUUACUGUCGUCUGCUUGUUUGAUAAGCUUCUCACCGUUUCACACAGUACAGUCCCACAAAUACUGAGGUUCUCUCUCCAAAGAGCUGUGUGUGUUUGUGUGUGUGUGCGCGCGCGCAAUCAAAGACCUGACCACAGUGAGUGUGCAUGAGUUGUGUGUGUUUAUGCUGGAGGACCAGACCAUGAUGAGUUGAGGGGUGGGUGUGUGUGUGUUUCUGUAUUAUCCAAGACCAGACCGCAGUGAAUAUGAAUGAGCUGGAAGGUAUGUAUUUGUGUAUCAUAGAAGACCAGAACACAGUGAAUGCGAUUGAGUUAGGAAUGUGUGUGUGUGUGUGUGUGUUGUUGAAGAUCAGAUCACAGAAUGCGUUGGAGAGUG